AUGCCAACGCUAAAAUCUAAAACAUCCUUGCGCGAUCUGCGUAGUGACAAGAUCAAGCAGAUCUGCGUACUCGUCACAGAGGACGAGUACGUCGUCCAUAUUUGGUUGGCACAAGUGUUUACUGAGAACGAACGGGUUCUCAGUAGCUCAUCGAUGGAUGAGAGUGUCCUCGAUGAAAAGACCCGGAUUGAGCGGUACACGUCUCAACGUUGGGAGUCUUUGAAGACAAAUCCUUUGUAUCAGGAUUUGGUUGAAUCCAGGGACGUUUUUCCUGAAUCCGUGCCAUGCGAGCUGCCCACGGACAAAGGCACUCGGCAUGGAAUCGAUUUGAAACCCGGUCUAAGUACUGUGUCGUGA